GCAGCGCGGGGCCGCUAUAAAAGGCUCGGCGGGGGGUUAGCCGUGGGUGUGUGUGCGCGCAGCUGCGGCGAGAACAUGGCGGCGGUGAAGGCCGUGUGCGUGCUGCAGGGGGAGGGCGCGGGGAAGGGCGUCAUCAACUUCGAGCAGCAGGGUACUGGACCGGUAUCACUCUCAGGAACUAUUGAAGGUUUGACUGAAGGAAAACAUGGCUUCCAUGUCCAUGAAUUUGGAGACAACACAAAUGGAUGUACCAGUGCAGGUGCUCACUUCAAUCCUCAUGGCAAAAAACAUGGUGGACCACAAGAUCAAGAGAGGCAUGUUGGAGAUCUUGGCAAUGUGACUGCUAAUAAAGAUGGUGUCGCAAAAGUGUCUAUUACGGAUUCUUUAAUUUCUCUUAAUGGACCACAGUCUAUUAUUGGACGCACUAUGGUGGUCCAUGAGAAAGAUGACGACUUGGGUAAAGGGGGAAAUGAGGAGAGCUCAAAAACUGGCAAUGCUGGUGCUCGUCUGGCUUGUGGUGUUAUUGGAAUAGCUAAGAUCUAAAUAUAAAUUCCACCUAGAGCUACUUAAGGUGGAAGAGUAGGCUACAGCAAUGUACAUUUCACUAAGCAAAUAAUUUGGCCUUAUUCUGCCAAGAGCUUGCUUUAAUCUUACUGCUAACUUUGUCUUGUGGUGUAUAAAAAGCAGUAAAUGUCCUCAAUUUUGUACAAUGUGCAUACUGCAAUUAAAUGGAAUGUUCAGUA